AUGACGACCCUCGUCGCCUAUCCUGACUCAGACUCGGAGCAAGAUGCUCAUGACGCCCACCCGCCAAAGCGCAAGCGGCCCACGCCUGCAUCCGCUUCCUGCAACGAUCUGCCCCCUCCUCCGCCGCUCCCGGCCGCCUUCCAUGACCUCUACUCCACCGCGACGCGUGUGAGCACCUCUGAUGAUCCCAGUCUGCACGCUGGAAGGAAGCGCGCAAUUCCCCACAUGGAAGGUCAUUGGAUGAGCCACGUCUACCUCGAAUGGCACCCUACCGCCGCAGAGUCAAGUACCUUGGCAUCUCUCAUUGCACACGUGCAGGCUUCCGCCGAUGCAGGUGCUACCAUCCACAGCAGCCUGCAGACAGCCCUCAACACCCCCGCUCCUCUGCACAUCUCGCUGUCGCGUACUCUGCCAAUCCCCACAGAGACGCGGGCACCCUUUCUGACUGCCUUGAAUGCCCAAAUCCAGCGCACUGGCGCCCGUCCUUUUGACAUCAAGUUUGGAGGCCUCAAAUGGGUGAGCAACUAUGAUCGCACGCGCUGGUUUCUCGUCAUGGGCGUACAGAAACCAGCUAGAGACGAGCUCAACGCGCUACUAAGAGCCUGCAACCGUACCGCAAAAACCCACGGCUUCCCAGAGCUGUAUGGCAAGGACGGUGCCACCAGCGAAGGAGAAGGCAUUGACAUGGGUCUGGGCAAACUGGAAGCUGCCGAUGAUCACUCAGCGGCAUUCCAUGUCAGUCUCGCAUGGAGUCUGGAAGCCCCGGGAAAAGACGCGAGAAAUCCAUUGGCCGACAAAGUGGUAAGGGAAUGGAUGGAGGACGAGGUCUUAAAAAUCGCAGUCCGAUUCGACGCGGUCAAGGUCAAGAUUGGCAAUGCAGUGCAUGCCGUAGACCUUGGCAAGAAGCGGGAGAGCGGCACGAAGGGCAUUCUCGGAUGACGUGAAGGAAAAGCCACGGACGUUUUGGCGAAGCGAUGGUCGAUGUGGCUGGUCUGGGCAAGUAGGCCAGAACAGUCUGGAAGGCGUUCGUCUGCGCAAAUCUCGUGGUCCGUGGCAAGUGUAGGCCGCCUGGUUGUACCGGUAAUUAGGCUUAAUGAACUUGGAGUAAGCACCAAGUCUGUGGGUGUUGAAGCCACCACUCUGUACAAUAUAGGUACU